AUGCCGCCCUUUCGGGAAUCCUUGUCGAAACAGGUGCGAGGGCCUAGCUCAAGAUCCAAGCUAGGGGACGCUGACGUUGGAUAUCAAGCCUGCGAGCAGUGUCGCAAGAGCCACCUCAAGUGUGAUCAAUCGCGGCCUUGUGCUCUAUGCAAGCGACGAGGCCUUGAGUGCUCCCCUCAUCAAGAGGUUAUUUUCACCGCGCUCGAGUUCAAAGCACCCGCAGGGUGCCUGCUAGAGGAGUCUGUCUCCUCAAAGACAGUAGAAGGUCCAGCGACCUUUGUGGAUGAAACGCAAGAGGUCUCCGACCUAUACCAGGUCAUAGGAGCGAGCGACGAGACGUGGGGCGUCUCAUCAGAUCAGCAUCUGUCACCGCGGCCUGCACUAUCUGGCCACGCUACCCCUAUCACGGAUCCCACUGACGCCUUUUUUCUCUGGCGAUACGUGGAUUUCAUCGGCCCGCGCUUCGACAUGUUUGAUGAUGCGCCGCGAUAUUUCUCGACAGUCGUGCCGCAGCUCGCUCUAAAUGACAAGCUUGUCCUGCUAGCCUGUGUCGCCGUUGCAGCCCGCCAGUACUUCCUCGUCAAUGAACAACAGCAACACAAUCACGAGCAGGCUUUGACAUACUACAACGCUGCGAUCCAUCUGCUGUCCAAGCGACUCCAGGAUAGCGGGCCUGACCCUGCGAUAUUUGCCAGCUGUCUGCUUAUAGCUCACUGUGAAAUGGUCGAGAGCAAGGCUGCGGAUUGGGGCCUGCACCUCAAGGGGACGGGAGACCUUCUCAAGAUGCAUGGUUGGCAUGGGACGAGCGGCGGUCUGGCACAGGCUUCAUUCUGGAUUUACUGCAGGAUGAUUAUCCUUGCCUCUCUCUGUGCCGGCAAGCCGGUAGCAUUAGAACCUAAGGAAUGGAUCCCUGGGGGUGUAUUCCCGGAUCCGACCAGUUGGACGCUUGAAGCAUGGCAGAAAAAAAUCGUUUUUCUUCUCGGGAUGGUUCACGAUUUCUGGAGUCGCACGCCUGACCAUAUCGAUGAACACGCUGUGCAACUCCACGCUGCCCGAUGGAAGGACCUUGAAGCUGAGCUGGUGCGCCACCAGAGCGAAGCGCCAGCUGUGUGCUCACCUCUCAGUAUUCUACCUCCGAGCGGGGAGGACAAUCCCUUCCAGUCUGUGCGUUACUUGAACGGCUCCGUGUCCGCAGCAUGGCAGAUGCUACAUACUGCCUUCCUCAUUCUCACCAUUUGCACGCCGUGCUCGCGGGCGAGUCGCCUCUCAGUGCUUUCCAGCCCUGAUUUGACUCACCGAGCACAGACGUACGCACGCCAGAUCGUCGCCAACUCGCUGGCAAAUCAAUUUUCCAUCGCAUGGGCGAAUGCCGUCCAACUCCUUACAAUUGCGGGUCAAUGUCUCGCCGUAGAGCCGGAGCGGAACGCAUGCGUCCGUAUUCUGCAAGAAAUUCAGCAACAAACGGGCUGGAACACGCGGGCAAGCGUCGAUAGACUUGGCACAGCGUGGAAGAAUAGUUGGAGGUAUGAGCCCGGCGGGAGGCACUCGACGGUUAGACACGUAGAUGCUGGAAAGCUGCUGUAUCAUGUUUGGCUUGGUGAGGAGAGAAGCCCAAGCUAA